AUGGCUCGUCAAAACUUUGUGGGACUGGUAGUCUCGCAGGGCAAGAUGCUCAAGACGGUAAAGGUUCGUGUGGAGACCAAAGUAUUCAAUAAACGCAUCAACAAGGAGCUUUUCAGCAGGAAGGACUAUUUGGUGCAUGACGAGGAGGGUGUUUCUCGUGAAGGCGAUUUGGUGCGUAUUGAGGCGACCAGGCCACUGUCCAAGCGUAAGUUCUUUAGUAUAGCAGAGAUUCUCAAAAACAAAGGUCAACAGUUCGCACUGUUUGAGUCUGAAGCCAAACAACAAGUUUCGCAAGAAGAAGCGCAGAAAACACGAGAAUUUUUGAGCAGACGUGAGGCUGUUGAGUCCAACGAUAGCGUCCUGCUCAGAGACAUCCACACGAUUCAAAAAGCAUUGGCACAGGGCCAGGAUGCUCAGGAACUGGCAGAGAUCAAAGCCCGCUACGGCAUUGAAAACUUCACACCCGAAACCUUGCGUCAGCUGCUGCAUUUGGACGUGUCGGCCCUCGAACAGCAGGUACAGACGCAGAUGGCCAAGAUCGAUUCCGUGCAGGAGCGCGUGCGUGAAUUGCUGCAGAACAGUGAGGAUUGCAACCUGUGGCUGGCACAGCGCGGUGUUCAGAACCCGGAGGCUUUGAAGGCCAACAUCAAGCGAAAUCUGCUCCGCAAGCACAUUUUGCAAGAGUUAUAG